AUGCUACCCCCUCGCCUCCACCUCCUCUUCCUUCUCCUCCUCCUCCUCACUAGGACACGGGCAGAUCCAGAGGGCUCUUGGAAACUCCACCUUUUCCAAACCUUCAUCUUCUACAACACCAACUUUGUGGACAUUUCAGGCUGGGCCACCCUGGAGGACAUCGUCUUUGCUACUCUGCAGAAACACACCUGGAACAUCCUCUACCUCCAACCAUGGGUCUACCCAUCCCUGCCUGCAGCGGAGUGGGAAAAUCUGCAAAACCUCUUCAGGGUCUACGUACACAACUUCAUCCUGUCCGUGUCUGAUGAUGCCAGGCUGUACCAGACACCCUACCCCUUUGUGUUCCAGUGUGCAACUGGCUGUGACUUGUAUCCCAAUGGCUCCUAUAUCAAAUUCUACCAUCUUGCCUACAACGCCCACAACUUCCUCAGCUUCAAUGUGGACAACAGCCAUUGGGAGAGGAGACAGAAGAGUGAGCUGGCAGUGCAAGUUGAGAGGCAGUUCAACACCUUCACUGGCUUCUCUGCGACACUGCAGUACCUUCUCAAUGUCACCUGUGUUGACCACAUGAAGAAAUUCAUUGAGAAUGGGAGGGCAGAUCUGGAGAGACAAGAGCUUCCUGUGGCCACAGUCUUUGCCCGCAUGCCCAGCCCAGCCCAGAUCCUGCUGGUUUGCCAUGUCACCGGCUUUUACCCACGGCCCAUCAGUGUGGUCUGGCUGCGGGAUGGCCAGGAGGUGCCACCAGGCCCGUUGCUCAACACCAGCGCCAUCCUGCCCCACGCUGACUCCCACCUCCGCGGCGUCCUGGCCGUGGUCCCCCGUGAUGGGCACAGCUACGCCUGCCGCGUGCGCCACCGCAGCCUGGGCACCCACAGCCUCCUCAUCCCAUGGGACAGCCCCAACGUAGCUCUCAGUGUUGGAUUCACCAUCGCAGUGCUGCUGACCAUGGCUGCAGCCCUUGCUGGGGCCAUCUGGUGCUACAGGCACAG